AGUUCUUCUUACACUUUGAACACAACAGUGGUGUCAGAGCAUUAUACUCUAACGAGUCUCCUCUGUCUUACCAAUGGCCAAAACCUUUGGAACCUGUGACAGCACCUCUUCUUCUAGUGCGAACUCUCCAACCCAUAAUUCUAAUACCAGCAACCCGAACUCCGCAGCCAUCGACCUCAACCAUGCUACUCGAGGACCCAUAUCCUUCAACUCCGCUGCGUUUCCUCAUAAGCUAACCCCCACCAAUUAUCCCUUCUGGAAAACACAAUUCACAUGUCUUGUUGCAGCCAACCUCUAUGCAAACCGAUCGCGUGCUCGAGUGAUCACACUGAAGGAGCGACUUCAAAACAUGUGUCGUGAUGGGAGAUCUGUCUCUGAAUAUCUCCGCCCUCUAAAAGUGGUGGCAAAUGAAUUAGGUACGAUUGAUCGACCCCUUUCUGAUGAUGAUCUAACAGUAUAUAUUUUGAAUGGCCUAGGUUCAGAAUUUCGGGAGAUUGUAGCAUCUCUUCAAACGCGUGACACCUCUCUGUCCUUUGAUGAUCUCCAUGAUCGGUUGGUGGCUCAUGAAGAAAGUCUCCGACAAGAAGAUACUAAAUUGGAGUCUACUCCUCUCACUACUCACUUUGCUAGAGUAGCCGCAACACCCUUUUCCUCCAUGGUGACUUCUGUUGGACUGUUGCCCACACCUCACAAUGGUCGGUUUUUCACUCCACCACAUUGGAACUAUCGAGGAGCCCUUUCCUCCAACAGAACCUUCUCUGGGAAUAGGCGGCGUGGAUCUUUUGGCCGGCCCAACAAUCGGCCUACUACUCAAGCUUGUCAAUUGUGCCACAAUUCAGGCCAUUUUGCCCACAAUUGUUCGUUUUACCAAGUUCAACAACACCCUUCGCAUGCCAAUUUUGCAUCCUCUCCCAACACUGCUUCUGAGGAUUGGCUACUCGACUCUGGUGCAACUCACCAUGUGACCACGAACCUUGCCAAUCUCGCCUUGCACUUUGAAUAUCUUGGCCCUGAUGAACUUCAAAUUGGGGAUGGAACAGGUUUGAAAAUCACACAUGUGGGUGAUACCACAUUACCUACCUCUUCAACCUCUUUUACUUUACGUAAUGUUUUAUGUGUUCCCUCUGUCUCUAAGAACUUAAUCUCUGUUUCUCAAUUAUGUAAACAUACUAAUGCCAUUGUUGAAUUUCACCCUGAUUACUUUUUGGUGAAGGAUCGAAGCACAAGGGUGACAAUGUUGCGCGAUCCAAACAUACAUGGAGUUUAUCAACUCCCAAACAAAACUAAGCCUGUGGCUCUGCCAGUUCCCAUUGACAUUGUUUGCCACCGCCCGGCUGUUGAUCGCUCAAUGUUGCCUCCUUGUGCUACGGUUCCCCAUCAUGAUGUAGUCCACUUGUCCACCAAACCAGCUGUUCCUCACUCACCUGCCUCUCCGUCGGCUCCUCCCUUCGCACCUCAUUCUCCUACUCAAAGCCCCUGUCCAACCUCAACCCCUACCGUCACCUCAACCCCAGUUGAAUUAGACUCCUCUACUCCUCUAUCCUCCAACCACGCCAUUUCUAAUGACCUCCCACCACCAUCGCCUCCCCCACCUAGGCGCACUCAUCCCAUGGUCACCCGUUCUCAAAACAACAUCCUUAAACCCAAGUCCUUACAUCAUGCGACCAUGGCCUCCCCACUCCCUUCACCUGAACCCACUUUUGUGUCUCAAGCACUUAAAGAUUUCCAUUGGAGACGGGCCAUGUCUGAGGAGUUCAAUGCGUUGAUUCGCUAAGGGACAUGGGAGCUGGUACCUUAUCACCUGAAUCAACAUGUUCUUGGCUGCAAGUGGAUAUUUCGGAUAAAAAGGGGUAAAGAUG